UUGCUCAUUAUGCUAUCCUGCCAUCUAGUGCUAUAAGAAAAUAACUUUGUUUCGCCCUAUCCAUAAACAAUGAACGUAGUUCGCUUACGCCAUCUCUUUAAGAUUUAGACAAACUAAAUCAGCAAAUCAGCUGUUUCGUGAAAAACAGAAAUAGCCAAGAAGUUGUAAUUGUUCUGUUUUGAUUUUUGAUUAUUACGUUUCUAAAACAAUUUUUAGAAAAUUUGCAAUGUUUUAAAACCAUAUAUUGCACAUCUGCUUAUAAAUAAACAUAAUAAUAAGAAAAAUUUCAAAACAAUUCACAUUGCCCCACAAAUCUAUCGCACAAAUCGUUUGCGAUGGAUAUUUUGAAGGCAGAAAUAAUGAAAAAAAGGAAACAGCUGGAGGACAGUAAUAUUUUGCAUAACAAUAAGAAAUACUUUCGCCGUGGAGAACUAGCAGCAAAGGAACAAGAAGAAUACUUGGAAAAGUAUGGACACAAAAAGGACACGGUCAAAUCCGACGUCAGCGAUCACUCAGCGGAUUCUGUAGCGAACAAUGGUCAGGAGCAUUUAGCCUUGUCAAGGCCCGAAGUCAUACGACGAUUACGUGAACGGGGAGAACCGGUAUUAUUAUUUGGUGAAUCGGAGCUAGAAGCAUUCAGAAGACUAAGAAAACGGGAAAUACUUGAACCAGAAGUAAACAAGGGAUUCCGUAAUGAUUUCCAAGAAGCUAUGGAACAGGUUGACCAGGCAUACCUUGAUGAAAUAUUCGAAUCGUCGAAACCGCAAGACGGAGAAGGUAAAGGCGAUGUACACGUACCUGAUGAAGGUGUGACCUAUGACGAUAUACAGAAGAUGUCUGCCAACCUGAAUUGUGGGGACAGGGAAUACGACAUGAAUGUUAUCACUCAGUUUUUACAAUUCCUUGUAAAAAUGUGGGGCAAUCAGUUGAACAGUAGAGCUGCUAUGGAAAAGAAUAGCACUAGAGGAAAAAUGGCUAGUGCUACAUAUGCUCAAACCCGAGAAUACCUCAAACCCCUACUCAGAAAGUUGAAAAACAAGUCUCUACCUGAAGAUAUUACUGACAGUUUAACUGAAAUAGUUAAACACCUUCUUGAGCGCAAUUACAUACUGGCAAGCGAUGCAUAUCUUCAAAUGGCUAUCGGAAACUCUCCUUGGCCAAUUGGUGUGACCAUGGUUGGUAUUCAUGCUCGUACCGGUCGUGAAAAAAUUUUCUCCAAAAAUGUUGCUCAUGUGAUGAACGACGAGACGCAGCGUAAGUAUAUACAGGCACUCAAGAGAUUAAUGACUAAAUGCCAGGAAUAUUAUCCUACGGAUCCAUCUCGAUGCGUAGAAUAUGCAAAAACAAACUGAACUGUGUAUGUACGUAUGAAAAUAUAUCUCAACUUUUGUAUUACCUUGUAUGUCAUUGUAAAUAUAUUUAAUUUCAAUAGAUUAAUAAAUAUUAUAUUACUUUAACUGUAAAGGAUCUGGACUUGACUUCAUGUGAAUCAAAUACACCUAUAAAUCGACGUAGUUUGGCAUGUUUAGAAAAGUAUAUUGCAGAUCAAUCUAUGUACUAGAUCGGUCCUUAUUUUGGACUUUUUCGAAUUUCCACCAAACUACCCCCAAAUUCGUUCCCAAUAAAUAAACGAAUAAAUAAAAUUCUCUUUAAAAGGUUUCAGUUUGCGGGACUAAAUAUUUGCCAAAAACUCUAUAAAUGUCAGAAAUUUCUAAUUUGGGG